GAGAGAGAGGGUGCGACAGACGUGUAAAAAACACUAAAAUGUGAGGUGGUGGAAGAGUGACUGGAAAUGUGAUAAAGCGACAAUAGAAUAGCGAUAGAGAAAUGAUUUAACGUAUGUCAUUUGUCGCGACCACAUUGCGGGUAAAUGCAAUAAUACUCUUAGCUGUGCAAUUUCUUACUAUCUUUUCUCAUAUCACACAGCCGACAGACGGGACAAAAAAAAAGUAAUUAAGGACAAUACUUAUUUUUAACUGAGAAUUUGUAUUUAUAUGACGAAACGGUUUUAAAUCCCAUACGAUCUCAACUAAAGUUUAUUAAUUUUUUUUCUAAAUCGAAAUUUAAAAAAAAAUCUUCAUUGCAUAAGGUUGCAAAUCAUAACAGGUAGUUCUCAAUACUACAUUUAAAAUAUUAAUAGUUUCAAUUUCAGUUUAAUUUAGAACGUAUGGAUGACUUGCUACUGAAUUUUUGUUUUAAAAGAAUCAAAACAAAAAUAGUCGAAAAAGUAGAAGAUCUAAAACUUUUCCAUUUAUUUAUAAUAUAACUUUUUCUGAUAUGAAUAACUUGGCGGUAUUUUUGAAAAAAAAGGGAAAAAAAGAAGUCAUUUGUUUAUCAACAUUUGAUAAGUUAACCUGACUGAGCCCAAAGUGGGAGGAGGAGUAAACGUCAUAGGGUCACGUGUGUCAGUUACUUUCCGAAACACUUUAUGUCAACCACCUGUUUAAUGCCACCUCGCUCGCUGUCACUGAAAUUAUGAGCGUUUAUCUUAACUUGAAAUGCCCCCAAAAGUAUGAAUCCACUACAUAUCCUUUUACUUACCAUUCCUUAUGUCCUAGUUAGUAUAUAAUAACUACAGAACUAUUUUCUUUAAAACUAUUCUUCCUAUGUACCUGUCCGUUCAUUUGAAUAUUUCCUACAGCAUUACACCAGCUGUACUGGUCAGGUCAUUGUUGCUGGUUGGCUUCUCCGAAAGAACUAACAAGGCCAUUAUUGUACGAUAUAAUACCGAAGGAAAUCGCGCGGUGUCCCCUGUAUUCAAACUGGUUGAUAUUUACGACUGGAUUAUCUGAUUACCGAAGGAAAAUAGAAAUAUCAACAUGUCACACACUCAAACAAACACCAAACAAUCUUCGUCCCAGCCAUUUCGUCAUGUAUCUUCCAUUCAUUAUAAUCUAACAAAUAACGAAGAAUGUCAUACAAAAUGUGUUAGUACGGCAACUGCUCACAUUCAUGAACCACCUGGUCGGACUUACGUCUCAUCCUAUUAUAUUGCUAUCGGCGGAAUAUCCUCAUCGGAAAGUAAAUCAGAUGUUCAAACCGCAUAUACCAGUGACAGGGGAUCCAAAGACCAUUUUUCAACAUCUUUUGAUAGAGAUUCAGACUGGGACCUUAAUAAAAAAGAAUCUAUUCUUGAUGUAACAAGAAGACAAGAAUCUGAAUCAUCUUACAUACCUUACAGAUCUGGAAGAAAGGAUUCUUAUUCUUCAGAUUACAAAGGAUCCAGUUCACAUGCUUCUGAUGUCCGAAAUGUUCAGGACUCCUAUGGUUCAUACUUUUCAGAUAAUCAAAGCUCGAAUUUGUCCUCAUAUGACACAAGACAUUCCCAAAAGCAAUCUGGUUCCUAUUCUUUUCGAAGUCAACAGGACUCCCGUCGAGAUUCUGAUCUUUCUUAUACUUCUUCUGAUACGAGGACUUCACAAUCGGAUUAUACUUCUUUAUUUGAAGAUUCCAGUCGAAAGAGCAGAAGGGAUUCUGGUAAUUUAGCUUAUGAAACCAGAAGGGAUUCUGGACUUUCUGGCUUUGAAACCAGAAGGGAUUCUGGACUUUCUGGCUUUGAAACCAGAAGGGAUUCUGGCCGUUCUGGCUUUGAAACCAGAAGAGAUUCUGGAAUUUCAUCUUAUGAAACUAGAAGAGGAUCUGGAAUUUCAGCCUUUGAAACUAGCAGAGAUUCUGAUACGUCUUCCAUAUAUUCUUCUUCUUCACGAAUAAAGAAGGAAACUGAGGAUAUUUACAAAAAGCAAAUUGAUCAGCAUAUGCAGAGUAUAAGGACAGAAGAUGUGGAAACUCCAGCAGUGACUCCCAGGCCAGCAACAGAUGAAAAAAGACCUGAAUUUAUUGUUAAACCCAGAAAGCAAUUUGGUGAUGUUGGUAAACCAGCCAAGUUCAAGGCAUCAUUUGAAGGAAAAGGCAACUUACGUUGGGAAAGAUAUGGCAAAGUCAUUGAACAAAGUGAAAAAUAUAAACUUUACCAAUCAUUGGACUUUAACUAUUUGGAAAUUAACAUAGUUGAGCUCUCAGAUGCUGGAAUUUACAUAUGUAUUGUUGAAAAUGAUCAGGGAUGUGAUACAGCAAGUGCAGUUCUUGAGGUUUUUGAGGAUUAUAAGCCAACACCUCCACUGCCUCCCAAAAAGCCUCAAGUUGAUACCCCACUGCAUGACAUUGAUGUAAACGAAGGCGCUACCAAUGUUGAAUUGAGGUGCAAAUUCUCAAAUGUAAGUUCUGUCAAUUGGUUCAAAGAUGGGAAUAAACUGCCUCCAAGUCAAGAUAUCAAAUCUACAUUUGAUGGUUUUAAUGCAGUUCUUGUAUUAAAGAAUGUUACGCCAAAUGCUAUUGGGUGUUAUGAAUGCAUUGCAAUAUCAUCAAAGAAAGAAGAAGUUCAAACAUCUUGUGUUCUUACUGUUCAAUCAACCAAGCCAAAGGUAGAACCACCCAUAUUCAUAAGAGAACUUCAAGAUAUCCAGUGUUCUGAAGGGGAUCCACUAGAACUGUUUGUUCAAGUGAAAGGUACACACCCCAUUGAUAUAUUCUGGGUGCACAACAAUGCAGAAAUUGUACCAGAUGGAAAGAUCUACAAGCAGAUCAGCUAUCUCCAUAAUGAUGGUACUAGCUUUAUACAUAAACUCUUAAUAGAAGAGUUUCUACCUGAAGAUGCUGGCGAAUAUGUAUGUGAGGCAUAUAAUACGUAUGGUGACACAGAUACCUUUUGCCGAUUGACCAUUAAAGAAGGUCGUACUAAAAGCCAUGAUUCUCCUCAAAUACUUGAACUGAUCCCAAAUGAACUGUCAGUGAAAAGUGGCGAAGCUGCUAUGUUUAGUGUAAAGCACACAGGAGAAAAGGUGAAAUGGUACCGAGGACGGAAAGAAGUUGAAGCAGAUGAUCGACUUAUAAUAGAAAAUAAGCCUGGUUUUUGUGAAUUUACAAUUCAAAACACUCUACCAACUGAUAGAGGAUCCUAUAAUGUUGUUGUAACUAACAAAUUGGGCAAUGACAGUGCCAUUGUUAAAUUGGUUGUUGAAGAUGCAUCAAUAUUUGAUCAUUUAAAUGUACAAAUUUCUACUGCUAAUUUCGAAGAUUUUUACAUUCUAAAAGAAGAAGUUGGUAGUGGCCGUUUUGGAGUUGUUCACAAGUGUAUUGAGAAAUCAUCAAACCGGCUUUGGGCUGCAAAAAUUAUCAAAUGUAAAGAGAAAAAGAAAGCUGAAUUUCGCAAUGAGAUUGAGAUAAUGAAACAUUUAACUCAUCCAAAAGUCCUAAGGCUUUGGGAUGCUUACGAAUCUCCCACUGGAUUUGUAAUUGUCACUGAAUUUGUUUGUGGAGGAGAGCUUUUCAAACGUAUUGUGGAUGAUGAUUUUGUACUAACAGAGCAAGACUGUGCACAUUUUGUGCACCAGAUCUGUGAAGGCGUCUGCUACUUACAUGAUAAACAGAUUAUACAUUUGGACUUAAAACCAGAAAACAUCUUGUGUAUUGCUAAAAGCAACAAUUUUAUCAAAAUAAUUGAUUUUGGCUUGGCACGAAGACUCCAGGUUGGUGACAGUAUCAAAGUAUUAUUUGGUACACCUGAUUUUAUAGCACCAGAAGUUGUAAACUAUGAUGAGAUUAGCUUUGCAACAGAUUUAUGGAGUCUUGGAGUCAUCUGCUAUGUGCUUAUUUCUGGACUGGCUCCUUUCACUGGAGAAACAAAUGGUGAAACAUUAUCCAACGUUACACAAGCGGAAUACGACUUUGAUGAUGAAACCUUUGAUGAAAUUUCAGAUGCUGCAAAAGAUUUUAUUUCCAAGUUGUUAGUAAAGAAAAAAGAAAACCGUAUGACUAUUCAUAAGUGUCUUCAACAUGAAUGGCUAGCUCUUGAUCAUGUGGACAACCAGUGUAUGAAACGCCUCAGUACGGACAAACUAAAGAACUUCAUUGCUAGACGUAAAUGGCAGGCACCAGCUGCUUCUUUCCAAUCAGCUGGAGGAAGACCCUCAAGAACAAACUAUAUGAAUGGGGGGCACACUCACCAAGAUCAGAAACCUCGUCAAUUCAACCAACAACCAUCUGUUAAUAGACACAACAAUGAACAGGUUACAUGGAAGAAAAAUGGCACUGCUAUUCGCGCUCUGAAUCACAUAACAGGCAGGUUUUCUGAAAGAUCUUCAUCCACAUCAGAAUCCACUUCAUUUUCUCUACCUACCCAAUAUUCAGUCUCGAAUGAAAGAAGGACAUUUUUUAGGAAUUCAAAGCCACCAAAACCUUAAGCAGUUUACCAGUGCAGUUUUUAAUGCCAAAACACUUAGGCUGUUUACCAUCCAGUGAUUUUUGUCUUGCUGAAUUAAUUAUUCAGACAGUUCAUAUCUACUUCAUUCUUCAUUUAAAUUAUCAAAUCCAUCAAAAACCUUUUUUCAUGCAAAAACUAAUGUUGAAAAUCCUUCUUCCUUCUCUAAGGUGAUACAAGAAAUUGAAAAGAUCAGAGCCGAGUCUGCUGCCGACAGUGUAUGAAAUAAGCUGUUGAGAGAAAGAAGAGAUCUGUAUGUCUUGUAUAUUAAAUAGUUCUUUUGAGUUAAAAAGGGAUGAGAGAGUUUUAUAAGCAUUGCACUGAUGUACAAGAUACACUAGUCUAGUUUUUUUUUUCUUACUUUGGAUUUGGCAAAGAACAAUAUAAUGCUAUCUGGAAUAAUUUAGACGUUAAAACUUCCACAGGGCCCUAUUUUCAUUCUCUACAAUGGCUUCAGUCAGAAAAGAAAAAGAAAAACCAAUAAGCAGUUGAUCUGUGAUAUGAAAAAAAUUUGUUAUAUUUCUGCUUUUUUUUCUCCUCUAUACCUCCCUCCUCUAACAAAAUAAUAAAUAAAACUUCAGGCAGAAAUUAGCAAAGUUUCUUUAGCAAACAGUUUUGUUUAUGUGACAUGUAAAGUUAGGGGUCACUAUUUUAUUUAGCACAUUGGCUACUGUUAUCAGUGUGAUUACAAAUUUUGUUCAGUUAUUGAACAGCUUAUUUUAUUUCAUCUAAUUUAUAUAUACGGCAUUAUCAAUUACUAUACUAAUUCUCACUCAGAACAGGGAGGGAGGAAAAAUGAUCAUUGAAAUUAAAAUUUUUUAAAAAAUUGAAAAAAAAAAAGAUAUGUAAUUUUUUUUUUUUAUAGUUUGAACUCAUUUUUAAAGCAAGAGAAAUUUUGUAACGUUGAGAUUAGAAAUAACUUAUUAUAAAUGUUAAUUUCUCUAAUUGCUAUAUUUGUUUAAUUACUGUAUUAGAGAUUUUGUUCUUCUUUUUUUUAUAUAUUAUACUGAGUUUAUAUGUUUAUUUACAGCAUUGUACAUAACUUUUAAGAAAUGGGAACCUGUAAAAUACUUCCAAAGAUACAAACUUUUACUUUUAACUUAAUUUUCGACCAGGUGAACAUGUGUUCAUGCCCCAGCAUGGCCACAGUCAAAUGACUGAAACAAGUGUAAGAAGAUAGAUUAUUUCAAAAGGAUUGCAGUAAAAUUCAAAUCUUGAAUUCUUUUGAUUAAUGUGAGCUGCUGAUAUUUCUCUUUUGCUAAUUACCCUAAGUGUUUAAUUAGAUCUUAGUUUUUAAGUUAAAAUAAUAAAAAGUUUAAGAUAUAAUACACACAUAUAAAUUCAAUAUUAACAAGAUCAAACAAAUUUCCCAUUAAUUGAUUAAUAAUAUUCUUGCUACCAAUUCCAUGAUCAAGAAGUCAAUUUAUAUUGGAAGUAUGUGUUGGGUUCCUUUUUAAAUUAAUUUUAUUCUGUUUACAAACUGAAACGAUGGGAUACUAAUUAUCUGAGCUAUGCUUCUAAGUUCUUCCUGUCUUUAACUAAAUUAUGUGGAUUUAUAGCACUAAAUAAAAACAAAAUGUUUACAUAAACGAUUUUUAUCUUUAAUAUAA